AUGACAGACUCACCUAAGCGUGUCGGAUUGAUUGGUCUUUCAGCCAAAGGCUCCUGGGCAUCUCGAUCCCACCUUCCUUACUUCCAAAAAACCUCCAAAUACAAGAUCACAGCCCUUCAAAACAGUUCGCAAUCCUCUGCUGAAGCAGCAGCCAAGGAGUACUCUUUGGAUGGCGUCUCGACACAUGAUAGCCCGACUUCGAUUGCUCAAGAUCCGAAUGUCGACAUUGUAGCUGUCAGCGUCAAUGUACCUCAGCACUACGAUCUUAUCCGACCAGCACUUGAAGCAGGCAAAGAUGUAUUUUCCGAAUGGCCGCUCGCUCGAAACGCUACGGAAGCUGAAGAGCUAGUCCAUUUGGCGAAUGAGAAGGGAGUAAAGACCUUGGUCGGACUACAAGCGCGUCAAAGCCCGUCUAUCAUCAAGGCAAAGGAAGUUGUUGGCUCAGGAAAGCUGGGAAAGAUCCUUGGAACUACAAUGUUCGGUCAUGGCCUAUUAUUUGGAGGCGUAGUUCCAGAAAGCUUAGUUUAUGCGCUGCCAAUUGAAGCAGGAGCUAACAUAUUGACUAUACCUUUUGGUCAUGCUGUCGACGCACUGUGCUAUGUCUUGGAUAGUGAGCUACAGGGCAUUGUCGCUACCCUGUCCAACAACUACCCCGAGAUCGAUCUUGUUGAUGGAAAUGGCAAGCCGGUUGAAAAGCGCAAAAAGACAGCACAUGAUUUUGUCAGCAUUACGGCGUCGCUCAUCAAUGGCGGCGGCAAUGUCGCCGUGACAUAUGCCCCAGGCGUAUCCCGCUCUGGACAUAACUUCUACUGGCAAAUUGUCGGUUCGGAGGGUACUCUGGUCCUCGAAGGGGGCAUCAACGGCCAUAUUCAGAUGUUCCAGCCAUCUGUUAAACUUGCAGUCGGUGAGGGGGAGCUAAAGGAAGUCGAAGUCGAAAAGGCAAGUGACUUUUCAUUCGGCGUGGGGAAAGCCUGGGACGCGUGGGCCGGCACUAGGACGGAGAACGGAUACAGUGUCACAACCUGGGAGGAAGCCCUCGUGAGGCAUAAGAUGAUUGAAGCCAUCUAUCGCAGCGCUGACAAGGGUACGCGUGAGAACUAUGUUUAA